UCUCCCCCAAAACCCCGAAACUUCUUCUCCUUUGAAAACUCCAACACUUGCAGCAACCUCAAACACUCUCCUAAAACUAACAAAACUACAAACACAAGUGGAAAGAGAGAAAGUAAAGUCAAAGCAAACUCUCGGCUCGAGUUCCCAACUCUCCCCUCUGUACUUCACUCUCUAAAACCCAACACCAUACAAAAGGAAGUAAAAGCAUAAAAACGAAUCCUGAUACAGAAACAAUGUUUCUGGUUUUCUUGCUUCUGUUUCUGGAUCCUCUGCUACAUGCUUUUGCUCUAAACCAGGAAGGCUUGUACCUCCAGCGAGUCAAGCAAAGCCUUUCGGACCAAACCAACUCCCUUUCCUCCUGGAAUGACCGAGACGAGACGCCAUGCAAUUGGCGCGGCAUUUCCUGCGACUUGGUUACCGGACGAGUCGUCUCGGUCGACCUUUCUGAAUUCCAACUCGCUGGACCUUUCCCGGUUAUCAUCUGCCGACUCCCUGCUCUUCGCUCCAUUAAUCUCACCAACAACAACAUUAACUCAUCCCUGCCUGAUGAUCUUUACACAUGUCAAAAUCUAACGAUCCUCGAUCUUUCACAGAACGUCCUUGUGGGGUCCUUACCUGACUCCCUCGCCAAAAUUCCGACACUGAAAACUCUAAUCCUCUCACAGAAUAACUUCUCAGGCGAAAUUCCCGCGAGUUUCGGAGAAUUCCCCCGGCUCGAACUUUUAAAUUUGGGGGGAAAUCUCCUCAACGGAACGAUUCCUCCUUUCCUGGGAAACAUUUCGACUCUAAAAGAGCUCGACCUAGCCUAUAACCCGUUUUCGCCGAGUCAUACCCCGAGCGAACUCGGUAACCUAACGAAUCUCGAGCAGCUAUUUCUCGCCGGCUGUAACCUUGUGGGCCAGAUUCCGUCGAGUUUCGGUCGGUUGACUCGGCUUCUAAACCUUGAUUUGUCCUUUAACAGGCUCACUGGGUCGAUCCCUAGUUCAAUUUCGGAGUUGAGAAGCAUUGAGCAACUUGAGUUAUAUAACAACUCUUUGUCCGGAGAAUUGCCAUUAAAUCUGGGUAAUUUAACUACGUUAAAGCGAUUCGACGUGUCCACGAACGAGUUAACUGGGACAAUUCCGGCUGGGUUAUGUGGGUUACAGCUUGUGUCAUUGAAUCUUUUUGAUAACAGGCUUGAAGGAACUUUACCAGAGAGCAUAACUCGGUCAAAAGACUUGCAAGAGCUGAAAUUGUUCAACAACAAACUCAGUGGUUCAUUACCGAGUCAACUUGGUGAAAACUCGCCAUUGCAAAGUCUGGAUUUAUCUAAUAAUCAAUUUUCUGGAGAAAUCCCAGAGAAUUUGUGUGCAAGGGGGAAAUUAGAGGAUAUUGCCCUGAUUUACAAUUCAUUUUCUGGUAAAAUCCCGGAAAGUCUAGCUAAAUGCUGGAGCUUGGGCCGGGUUCGGUUCAAGCACAACCUUUUCUCGGGUUUGGUCCCAGCCGGCUUCUGGGGACUACCCCGAGUAUUCUUGCUCGAGCUUGCUGAAAAUUCCUUUAGUGGGCAAAUUUCAAAGAUGAUUUCAAGUGCUCAUAACCUCUCAUAUCUGUCAAUUUCCAACAACCGGUUUUCCGGAUCGUUACCUGACGAAAUCGGGUCAUUGGAGACAUUGGUAGAGAUAUCUGCAAGUGGAAACAUGAUCACCGGUCAGAUUCCUGGAUCUUUGGUGAAAUUGAGGCAGUUGGUUAGCCUUGAUCUUAGUGAAAAUGAGCUUGACGGAGGGAUCCCGGUAGGAAUUAGGGAUUGGGUGAAUUUGAAUGAGUUAAAUUUGGCUAACAAUAGGCUAUCUGGUAGUAUUCCUAGUGAUAUUGGUAGCUUGCCCUCGCUAAAUUAUCUCGAUCUUUCCAGUAACUCAUUCUCUGGGAAAAUCCCAAAUGAGUUGCAGAAUUUAAAGCUGAAUGUGUUUAAUUUGUCGUAUAACCGACUUUCAGGAGAGCUCCCUCCUUUUUAUGAUAAGCAAAUUUAUUGGAGUAGUUUUGUGGGGAAUCCCGGAUUGUGUGGUGAUUUGGAGGGUCUAUGUCCAAAGAUACAUAAAUCUAAGAAUCAGAGUUAUACGUGGAUUCUGAGAUCCAUUUUUGUACUUGCUGGCUUGGUUUUUGUUAUAGGGGUUGUGUGGUUCUACAUCAAGUACCGAAGUUUCAAAACGAAUAAGAAAGGAGCUACGAUAUCCAAGUGGAGAUCAUUUCAUAAGAUUGGGUUUAGUGAAUUUGAUAUUGCUGAUUGCCUCAAGGAAGAGAAUGUGAUAGGAAGUGGAGCUUCCGGCAAAGUUUAUAAAGUUGUGCUUAGUAACGGUGAUGCAGUGGCAGUGAAGAAACUCAGCCGAGGUGUUAAGAAAGAAGAUUCUUUGAGUGCUGAUAGAGAGAGAGAUGAGUUUGAAAUUGAAGUUGAAACGCUGGGAAAAAUUAGACACAAGAAUAUUGUCAGACUCUGGUGUUGUUGCAACGUUGGAGAUAGCAAACUUUUAGUUUAUGAGUAUAUGCCAAAUGGGAGCUUGGGGGAUUUGUUGCAUGGUAGCAAGGGGGGCUUGUUAGAUUGGCCCACCAGGUUUAAGAUUGCUUUAGAUGCAGCUGAGGGGUUAUCCUAUUUGCAUCAUGACUGUGUUCCUCCAAUUGUUCAUCGGGAUGUGAAAUCGAACAAUAUAUUGUUAGAUGGAGAAUUUGGGGCCCGAGUUGCGGAUUUUGGAGUUGCUAAGAUUGUUAAAAGAGUCGAGAAAGAUGCAGAAUUGAUGUCUAUGAUUGCGGGCUCUUAUGGUUACAUUGCACCAGAAUAUGCCUACACCCUAAGAGUGAAUGAGAAGAGUGAUACCUACAGUUUUGGGGUAGUCAUCUUAGAGCUGGUUACUGGUAAACUGCCAACUGAUCCAGAGUUUGGAGAGAAAGAUGUGGUAAAAUGGGUUUGUGCUACCUACGACCAAAACGGUGUGGAUCAAGUUAUCGACCCCAGACUGGACUCUACCUACAAGGAAGAAAUUUGCAAAGUACUCGACAUUGGUCUCCUCUGCACAAAUGCACUUCCUAUUAACCGCCCGUCAAUGCGGAAGGUGGUCAAAUUGUUGCAAGAGGCUAGUGGGGAGAGCAAGUCCAAAGGUGGUAAGGAUGGAAAGCUCUCCCCGUAUUACUACCACGAGGAAGCCUCUGAUCAAGGUUGUUUAGUAUAAGUUUAAUUAGUUGAAUUUAGAGAAUCCCAGUGAACGUUUUACUUGUUCAAGCCGGUACGUUUCCUGGGGGAGAGGUAAUGGUACAGUGCAAUCGAAUUUGAAGUGCCCAAUUUGAAAAGUAUACCAAGUAGUUAGACAGACCACAGACAGUAGCUGUUUAGGUAAUGCAAAACAUUUAUUUCCAUAAGCAAGCGCUGUAGUACAAGUUUACAAGGUAGUUUGCGGAAAAGAUCCAAAGUUUGAGUGGUUCAUUUUGAAUCUUCCCUCCUUUUAAUUUCAUUUUUAUACCCAUGCCUUCACCAUUAAAUCCUCAAAUUGAAGAAGAUACCAGGCUCGAUUUGUGUACUCAACCUUUUGCAGAAUUUUAGAAAUUCAGCCCGAUCUAAACU